CCGAGCUGGAGGCUCCAGGCCGUCAUCGUCAAGUCCAACGACGACCUGCGCCAGGAGGUGUUUGUGGUCCAGCUCAUCGCGCACUACGCGCGAGCGUUCCGGUCCGCGAAAUUGGGGCUCUUCCUCCGGCCCUACCGCAUCGUCGCCGUGUCGUCGACGACGGGCCUCAUCGAGCUCGUCAAGGAGUCGACGUCCCUGGACCGGCUCUACGCGUCGUCCGGCGGCGGGCUGAAAGCGCACUUCGAAUCGACGUUCGGGCCGCCCGGGUCGCCGGAGCUAUCGGCGGCCGUCGGCCGCUUCGCGGAGUCGCUCGCGGCGGCGUCGUUCGUCUGCUACGUGCUCGCCAUCAAGGACCGGCACAACGGCAACAUUUUAUUGGAUGCCCAGGGCCGCAUCGUCCACAUCGACUUUGGGUUCGUUUUGGGCCACGCGACGGGCGGCGCGUUCUCGUUGGAGCGCGCGCCCUUCAAGCUCACGGGCGACUUCCUCGACGUGCUCGGCGACGACGGGCUGGAGCGCUUCGCGUCGGCGCUGGGCGACGCCUUCGUGGCCGCGGCCGCGUCCGUCGACGAGGUCACGGCGCUCGUGGAGAUCAUGCAGUACAAGUCGACGUUCCCCUGCUUCCGCGCGCGCGGCGCGGCCGCGGUCUCCGACUUCAAGAAGCGCCACCACGCGCACCUCGGCGAGGCGGACCUGCGGAAGAAGGCGCGCGCGCUCGUCGCCGCGUCGGCGAACCACGUCGGCACCUACGUCUACGACGUCUUCCAGCACAAGACCAACGGCGUG